AUGUCCCUGCUCAGACACUCAAUACCACACUUGCGUGCGGCUAGGCCAUGCCUGCGGUCCGCGUUCAUGUCCACCGAGCCGGGGCCGUCUCGAGGGAGUAAUGCGGAAUACUUCGAGCUGCUCAGUCAACUCGGACCAUUGUCUUCGUCCUCUGCUCCUACCGAUUCAGGUCCUCCUACCGCGCCGGAGGGAGCCUAUCCUCCUCCUCAAAACACCAACCCAGUCAGCGCUGUUGGGUCGUACGGCUCUGACAAGCCCAUGUACUCUAUCUAUGUAAAGUCUUCGCGGACAAACACCAUAGCCACCCUUACGCGCCCGAAUGGAAACCCACUCAAGACGUUGACGGGGGGGAAGGUUGGGUUUAAGGGCGGGAAUCGCUCUAGUUACGAGGCGGGAUAUAAGUGUGCCGUGGAGAUAUUCGCGCGGCUGCAGCAGGAGGUGGACAUGCAAGACUUGACGUGGCAGUUAUAUCUGAACGGCUUUGGGCACGGGCGGGAGGCCGUACAGAAGGCGUUGAUGGCGGAGGAGGGCAAUGCUGUCAGGAAGUACCUGGUCAAUAUCAUCGACAAGACACCCAUCAAGGUUGGAGGAACGAGGGCCCAGAAGAUGAAGCGACGGUGA